CGCUUUUCUUCUCCCUCCAUUCAUUCACACACCACACCUCCCGAACUCCGAACUACAAGUUUCGCUUCUCGUCGCGACGACUGGGCGAGACCGCCGCCGCCGCCGCCGCCUGAGCGGCGUCGCUCCUCUGCGGGGCGACACGUGCGGAACCAGCGCCGCCGCCGCAAGAGUUGGCCCGCCUCGUUCUUUACAAUAUCGCCUUCGCCUGAGCACGCGGCCGGAGGCCCGCGUCGGUGCGAGGAUGGCGGCGGCGAGGUCUCUCAGCUUUUCUCGCCCGUUCUCUUAAGCGUACUUGCCUCGUGCCUGCGCCAGCUAGGACGGUUCCCUGGAGAAGCUGACAUCGUCGUCGCUGUCGCUGGCGGGGAGGUUGUCUGGCCGGACGGGGGCCCCGCGGCGGCGCCGGCCUCGAUCUGUUCUUUAGAAAUGGCUGAUGGUGAGGACAUCCAGCCUCUUGUCUGCGACAAUGGCACUGGAAUGGUCAAGGCUGGUUUUGCUGGCGACGAUGCACCAAGGGCUGUUUUCCCUAGUAUUGUUGGCCGUCCUCGCCACACUGGUGUUAUGGUAGGGAUGGGACAGAAGGAUGCGUAUGUUGGCGACGAGGCACAGUCCAAGAGAGGUAUUCUCACGCUCAAGUAUCCGAUCGAGCAUGGUAUUGUGAGCAACUGGGAUGACAUGGAGAAAAUCUGGCAUCACACUUUCUACAACGAGCUUCGUGUUGCCCCAGAGGAGCACCCUGUGUUGCUCACUGAGGCUCCUUUGAACCCAAAGGCCAACAGGGAGAAGAUGACCCAGAUUAUGUUCGAGACUUUCAAUGUUCCUGCCAUGUACGUUGCAAUUCAAGCAGUGCUGUCACUCUAUGCCAGUGGACGUACUACUGGUAUUGUUCUCGACUCUGGUGAUGGUGUGAGUCACACUGUGCCCAUUUAUGAAGGAUAUGCCCUUCCCCAUGCCAUUCUUCGUCUGGAUCUUGCUGGUCGGGACCUCACAGACUCCCUCAUGAAAAUUCUCACUGAGAGGGGUUAUUCCUUCACAACCUCUGCCGAGCGAGAAAUUGUGAGGGACAUCAAGGAGAAGCUUGCAUAUAUAGCUCUUGACUAUGAGCAAGAGUUGGAGACUGCCAAGAACAGCUCCUCAGUUGAAAAGAGCUAUGAGCUGCCUGAUGGCCAAGUAAUCACCAUCGGCGCAGAGAGAUUCAGGUGCCCCGAGGUCCUCUUCCAGCCAUCCAUGAUUGGUAUGGAGGCUGCUGGAAUCCAUGAGACAACAUACAAUUCAAUCAUGAAGUGUGAUGUGGAUAUCAGGAAGGACCUCUACGGCAACAUUGUGCUCAGUGGAGGUUCGACUAUGUUCCCCGGUAUCGCUGAUCGGAUGAGCAAGGAGAUCACUUCCCUUGCACCAAGCAGCAUGAAGAUCAAGGUCGUCGCGCCACCUGAGAGGAAGUACAGUGUCUGGAUAGGAGGGUCGAUCCUAGCCUCGCUCAGCACUUUCCAACAGAUGUGGAUAUCAAAGGAGGAGUACGAUGAGUCUGGCCCGGCAAUUGUUCACAGGAAGUGCUUCUAGGUUUCUGCCAAGUUCGUCAAGUGCUUUUAGGGUUCGCCAUGUUCAUCAUCGCUACCUAGUCUUAAGUUAUGCCCCCUUCAUUUGCUGAGAUAUGUGUGGCAGAUUUGCAUCGUUUUGGUAUUUCGUGGCUCCAUGUGUGAGCAUGCUGUGUCCUAUAACCUGGUUUAUGAGAUGAGUUGUUAAACUUGCUUGGCUUGAUUGGUUUUACCUGUAAGAGCUGAUAGUUAUAUAAAUUGCUUGUACUUGUUUGCAUCCAGAACAUCCGUGCAAGUAUGAAUGGCCCUGUACAUGGGCUGGGUUUUCUGGCUUA